AUGGUAGAAGGAAGUGGAAAGAAGGGAAGAGAAAGGCCAGACAUCAUAAAGUGGGAUGAAGACAGAAACCAGUUGAGAAAGCUUAUACUUUAUGACACAAGCAAAAGGAAGAGGAAAGCAUGCAAUGACUUCACGAUGGAAGAAGAAGGAAACAAAUACAAUCUUCUGUCUACUAGGGAUGAUAGUGAUAUUGAUGAAUAUUUUAUGUGGACAAGAAAUGAGAAAAGAAAAUGGCUAUUUACACUCUUUGCUGGCACAUCUGCAUUGUAUGCCAGUAGAACAUCUGUACCGUUGUUGAUUCCUUCUAUCAGUUUGGAAAGAAAUUGGAGUAAGACUGACUCUGGCACUGUGUUGUCCAGUUUCUUUUGGGGUUAUACUCUAACCCAAGUGCUUGGUGGCUAUUGGAGUGACAGAAUUGGUGGCCAAAAAGUAAUGAUGACAGCUGCAGUUGGUUGGGCUCUCAUAACAUUUUGGAUGCCUCAGUUUAUUUGCUUGUUUUCCAAUCAAGCAUUUUCUGUUAAUUUUGUUGUUAUGAUUAGAGUUCUUCAUGGUGCAUUCCAAGGUGUCCAUUUCCCGAGCAUGAGCAGUUUGACCUGUCAAAGAUUAUCAGAAAAAGAGAGGGCAUCUUUCUUUGGUGUGUUGACAUGUGGAUCUGCUGUGGGGACUCUACUUACAGGAUCAUUGGGUUCAUACUUGUUGGAUUGUUAUGGAUGGCCUGUUGUGUUUUAUGUUAUGGGAUUUUUGGGUGCUGUUUGGACAUUGCUGCUUCGAUAUUACAUAUUGGCCAUGGACAGGAGAAAAGCAGCAAUAGUAUCAGUUCCAGUAAAGUUACAUUCCUCCUUAAAUGCUACAGAUGCUGUUCCUGUUCCAUGGAUAAAUUUAUUCAAGAAACUUGCUUUUUGGGCCUGUGUUAUUGGUCAUGCUUGCCAAAAUAAUUGCUUUUUCCUACUUUUAUCAUGGAUGCCAACUUACUUUCACGAGACCUUCCCUCAUGCAAAGGGGUGGAUUGUGAACGUGGUGCCCUGGCUCUUUGGAAUUGUUUGCACUUUUACAGGCAAAUGGCUCUCUGAAAGACUUCUAGCAAAAGGAUUUUCUGUUACUUCCACAAGAAAAAUAGUGGAGUCCCUUUGUUUAGGUCUUCAGGCUUUCAGUCUUUCCAUUAUAUCUUACUACAACAACUAUUUUUGGGCUCUGUUGAAUAUGACAAUUGCUAUAGGAGCAUCAGGUUUUCAUAGUAAUGCAAUUUUGGUUAACCCUCAAGACUUGGCUCCCCAACAUUCGGGCAGUGUUUUUGGUUUGAUGAAUACUGUUGGAGCUGUUCCAGGUUUCUUGGGAGUGUAUCUUGCAGGAUACAUGUUGGAAGUGACUCAAAAUUGGGCUGCAGUUUUUCAUACAACAGCACUCAUUAAUAUUUUUGGUGGAAUUGUUUUUAUCCUUUUUGGCAGUGGAAAUACAAUCCUUUAAAGAUCAAAAAGGAUUUCUUUGAUUACACUGAAUAGGAUUAAAAAUAUUAAGGAAGUACUCAAGAAGAAUGUGUAUAAAUAAAGAAAUUGACCAAUUCAGUAAUGAUGGGGUACAAUUGUGUAGGUUUUGUGACCAAUAUCUGUGUGUAAUAAAUGUUAGUAAUGUUGGGGCUGACGUAGCAUCAGUCAUGUGGUCAGCUGUGUUACUCCAAAGAAAUUGAGGUCAUGAACAGUGCGGCACGGAUAUUGUGCACUAGAGCUGGCGCUGGGGUCUCGUGGUUGCUAAUUUUCAUCAAUUACUGUGACAUUCUUUCAAGCAAAACUGUUAAUUUUUUUUACUGUUUCCAAAACUCAACUGGACAUGUACUUGGAUUCACUGUUUGAUUCAAGUUGUUUGUGGCUUUGCCGUAAUUUCAUCUUCUUGCUAUCACAAACUUGUGCAAGUAUAACUUACUGAACAAAGUUUAUAUUUUCUGUAAAGAUAAUGAGAGAAACAUCUGGUAGUUUAAUGUUCUUCCCAACAAGGUUAGUGAUUUCUUCUUCUAUAUCAGGCAUGAUUAACUGCUGUUCAUGAUUUGCAUGUGGCUUGCUCAAGACCUAUUCCUUUGAAAAUUAUUAUUUGUAUAGUUUUUAAUUUCUCUAUUGGAGAUAAUAGUGCCUGACAGGAUGAUAAUACUGCAAUCUACAGUAUUUUUAGUUUGAUUGUCGACGAUUGAAGUGGCUGAUUGAUACGAACCAUUUUGAAGGAAUUUCAUGAAAUACCAUUGCAUUGAACACCAAGUAAACUUAAGGGUACACAGUUUGAAAGUGGAAAAUUUCAUGCCAACUAUUAUCCAAGUUGUGAAUUCAUUAGAUUCACAGGCUUCAAUCAUUGUAUUUGCAGGACGUUUUUGAUAGCAUUGUGGCAGAGUAAAGAAAUGUUAUAUUUCUUGAAGAAAUAUGGGUAAGCUGGGGCAAAAAGCUGAAAAGAUUUCAUAGUAUAUGCAAUAGAUAUAGUUUUUUAUGGAUUCAAAGGAAAAUUUUGUGACAUUUUGAAAAUUAUAUGUGGCUAACAGAUUCGGCUUAUUUUUGGAAGUUUUAACUACUACAAUUGAAACAAGUUGAACAUUAAAAUUCUGAGAAUGACAAGAGUUAAACACAAGAAUCAACUGAUUUAUAUGGUUUCAAGCCAUAACAAUAUUUGAAAUGAAACAUAAAUUAGGGCAUUCUCGAGUUCUUCUUUAUGAGACUACUCUCUAUGCUUCUUUAUUAGUAUUUUAUCAAACCAUUCUUCCAGGGAAAAAAUUUCUAUUUCUCUAUAAUGAUACCUUAUUCAUCUCUCUUGAGCAGCAGGUACAUUUGUCAACAAUAUUUUUGAGAACAAAGGUACAAAAAGUAAAGUAAGAAAAUAACUUUCAGACUAACAUGUAGAAAAUUCAUUUAGAACGGUAAUCAGUUGUUUCAAGAUUGUCUCAUUAGUUCCAAACGCAUAACAAAAUAUCAAACUAAUUUUGUUUAAUUGUGUUAUUUAAAGUUUCAUUUUGAAUUUUCUGUAUCUCAGUAUCUUAUUUUUGAAUAUUCUUUCUUCAAUUAACUCCUUUUUUUUUUUUGCACCCCAUGGCCCACAGGUCACAUGUAUCUUACCGUGUGAAACUGUGCCGCUUACUGGGCAGUGCAAAUUGUAUAUAAAAUGCUUUAGGACCUACAUAAUUUGCUUGUGAAACAUUUUUCAUUAACUGAAAACAAUUUAGGAAACCAGCUAUCUGAAAAAACCAGCUACCAACAAACAGAUAUCUCAUUACCAUCUUUUAGUCUGUCUUUGAAUUUAUUAUGAGUUUGGGAAGGGUUCAGGUACACAUUUUUUAAUAGACAAAUUUUUUUGUAACAUUAAUUUAUUUCAUAAUCGUGUAACAGUUUCUAGAAUUGUUGUCCCUAUCAUCAGGCUUAAAAAUUUGAUGUUGAAAUUAUAUAUGAAUUGAAUUGAAUUCAUGCCUUAUUUUAUGUGGCGAGACUCAGGCGAUGAGGCCUGCUCUUCUGUCUGACCACGCUAAU